AUGAAGAGCAACCAGCAGGUAUAUGGCUGUAUCCCAGAAAACCUACCGUCAUAUAAUGAUGCACACCAUGCAAAUGGCUAUUUUGUUAACAAUCAUGGAUAUCCAUAUGCAGAAUAUGAAGAUAUUGGAAUGGGAACAGCAAGACUAUUCUUCAAAUUCUUUUUUGGAGAAAAGGAUGUAACAAGAGAAAUGCCACAUCGUAAUCCAAAAUCAGAUUUUAAUCUUGGAAAUGGAAUAAGAGAUUGGUGGAUUGGCCAUGCAACUAACUUAAUCCAGAUCAAAGACAAGUUUAUCCUAACAGAUCCAAUUUUUGAGAAGUCUUGCUCCCCUUUGAAAAUUGGAAAUUCAAGGAAAACCCCUGCCGCAUGCAAGAUUGAGGAAUUACCUAAAAUAUCUUACGUGCUGAUCUCUCAUAGCCAUUAUGAUCACUUGAACAAAGGAUCAGUCAAGAAAAUCAAGUCCCUUUUCCCAGAAUGUCACUUUUUGGUUCCUCUUGGAGUUGGCAAAAUUUUAUCGAGUUGGGGAAUCAAAAAUUACACUGAGUUCGAUUGGAGAACACAUUUAACUAUCGAAGACAUCAACUUCACAUGCUUCCCAGCAAGACAUGGAAGCGCACGCUCAUUAUCCGAUUCAAACGUAGUUUUGUGGUGUUCAUGGUUAAUUGAAUAUGAAAAUGUGAAGAUUUACUUCACUGGAGAUACAGCUAUCGGCCCACAUUUUGCAGAAAUCAAGGAGACAAUCGGAAGAGGACCAGACCUUAUGAUUGCUGGUAUUGGACCAACAGCUCCAAGUGGAAUGAUGAGAACAGUUCAUAUGGAUGGAAAAGAUGCCUGGAAUAUGGCAAAGGACAUUGGAGCUGCUAAACUCACUCCAAUGCAUUAUGGAACAUUUCCUCUGGGAAUGAAGCCAGCUAAAACAGAUCUUGACAUCUUUAUGGAAAAUGCUGAACAUGGAAAGGAAUUAGUUAUCAACAUUGGUGGAAGAAUCGAUUGGAAUGGAACUGAAUUUGUUAAGGCUGAUUUGUAA